AUGCGGCUAGAUGAUGAUGCUCGUCUACAGGGAAAAUGGUUCAAUUGUUUUGAAGAAAUGGAACGAAAGAAAGCAGUUUAUUUUGCAAAUACAGAUUGGAUAGACACAGAAGUAGCAUUACCUGGUACUAUGAAAUUAAAAGAUUUUGCGCUACAUUACCAAAAUCAGACUGGCUUGAUAGAAAGAGAUCCAAAGAUGAUCAAAAAUUCUUUCAAAGAUGAUGCCAUUUUAGGUUACUACAAUAAUUUCGAGAUAAUGAAAAUCAGUUUCUUUUUGAGUCCCGAUGUACGAAGAUGGGUACAAUACAUAGAGGACACUCGUGGCAUAUAUAAAUACAGAUGGGGAGAUGCUCUGCUUCGCUAUUUAACAUUAGCGUAUUUUGCAGCACCUGGAACCACACUGCGCAGGGCUGAUUACAAUUUAUCAUAUUGUCACCCAUGCAAAUUAUAA